AAUAGCAAUUUAUAAAUUAAUAUAGAUAAUUUCUCAUACGUUAAAAGUCUUUUACUCCACAAAAAACCUUUGUAAAAAUAAAAUAGUAUUCGUAUAUGACGAAACGUUAGACUCUGUGCCAAGAUGCAUAAAAUUUUGGAAUUUCAAGCUGUAGUCCUGGCAGCUGGGAAAGGUUCUCGGUUACCGGACGUUGGUGGCAGCGUGUCGAAAUGUCUUUUGCCUGUGGGACCAUACCCUGUCCUAUGGUAUUCGUUAAAUAUGUUAGAAAAAGUUGGGUUCCAAGAAACCAUGAUUGUUGUUCUGGAUGAAGAUAAAUCAAAUAUUUUGAAUGGUUUAGAGAACUGUCCCUUAAAAAUCAAAUAUGAAUUGAUUGACAUACCUUCAGAGGAGGAUUGGGGUACAGCAAAUUCAUUAAAAUAUAUUAGUAACCGAGUAACAACAGAUCUAGUAGUUGUUUCUGGAGAUCUCAUUACAAACAUCAAUCUUAAUGAAGUGCUAAAUUUGUACAGGAAACACGAUGCUGCUUUAACAACUCUCUUUUUUAAUAAUGGUCCUGAAGAAUGGCAAAAGUUACCCGGUCUUCCAAACAAGACAAAACCUGACAGAGAUCUAGUUUGUGUAGAUGAAGAAACACAAAGACUUGUCUUUCUUGCCAGUGCUAGUGACUUUGAAGGCAAUGUUUCAAUACCAAAAUUAUUGGUUAAAAAGUUUGAGUCCAUCAACAUGUACAGUAGAUUACUUGAUGCUCAUGUGUAUGUUAUGAAAAAGUGGAUUAUCAACUAUUUUAUUGAUGCUGAUAGAUUUACUUCAAUCAAGGGUGAACUUAUACCACUUAUAGUAAAGAAACAACUUUCUAAACCUAAGAAUCCGGCAGAGAAAAAAGGGACUUCAGAGAAAAAUGUUGAGUUAUUUAAGGAUAUCUUUUAUUAUGCGGUGGAUCAAGGAUAUGAAAGUAAAAUAAGACAAAUGUCAGCGUACAAUGAUCACAAACUGGGAAGCAAGCCUGUCUAUUGUAAUGAUACUUUGAGAUGUUAUGCUCAUAUACCUGAUAAAAAUACUUUUGGUAUUAGAGUUAAUACACUCCCAUCAUUCUGCUUGUCAAAUAAAAAGAUUAUAUCUCAAUGGGAAAAUCUCACAGGGUCACCUUUGACUGACAGAUUGCAUCCCAACAGUGAAGUGAAGACAAAACAAAUAGAUGAAACAUGUACAGUCGGAGAGAAAAGUGUUGUCAAUGAAAAAACAUCAAUAAAAAACACAUUCAUUGCUGCCAACUGUACUAUUGAGAACAAAGUUAGAUUAACUAAUUGCAUUAUAAUGAAUAAUGUAACUAUUAAGGAAGGUUGUGUUCUACAAGAUUGUAUUGUAUAUACUGGGGCUACACUUGAAGGAAACUGUUCUUUACAAUACAGUAUUGUUGGACCGCACCAUUUAGUGUCGGCUUCUACUACUGGUGUUCAUCAAUUGUACGCGGAAACAACGGACAACAUGAUUACACUUGGAUAGUCAAUUGAUAAAUUCAAAUAAAAUGGCAGGUCCAAAAAUGAUUUUUCAAAACAGUUUUAUAAUUA